UACAACAAGAUGUCGUUAAACAACGCGGAAUCCUUCGCGGAACUUGGUCUCGGCUUUCAAAAUGUUAGUUACCGCAUCAAGGACAAACAGAUCCUCGGCAGCUGCUUCGGCCGUUUCCGUCCUGGCGAAGUGUGCGCCAUUAUGGGCGGAUCUGGUUCUGGCAAAAGUACGCUGUUGAAUGUGCUCUCUGCGCGUCAACGUUGGUUUCAACGCCUCAAUGUGGAGGAAGCACAAAUCCAGGCUGGACCGUUGGAGGACGAUAUUAUAGAGGAGGACGAUGAAGCUCAUCAAGUUUACGACGAAAUUAAAGAUGAAGAUCAUAUUCAUGAUCAUAUUCUUCAGGAACAAGAAAAUUCCUCUUCCAUGGCCAUCAUUGAGAGGUCUCCUGCUGCCAGGGUGGAUAUUGGACUUGGAACAAAGCAGAACCGCGAUGAAGACCGAGAUCCCUUGCUUGGUAUUCGUGUUGACAAGGACAAGGAUUCCCAGUCUGCUAAGCCUAAGGGUCGUGGUGCUUCCAGUUCCAACAAGGUCAUGUUGCAACAACAAAACGUACAACAAGACAAGAACAAGCUAUUCACCACUCUGCAGACAGCUACGUCCUAUGUGAUGCAAGAUGACGAAUUACUGCCUACGGAAACCGUCUUAGAGACUGUCCGCUUCAGUACCAAAUUACGCCGUCCUGACCUGUCCAAAGAAGAAGCCGAGAAAAAAGUCAACAAUAUCUUGGAAGUGCUGGGCUUGGAGAACUGUAAGCACGUUCAAAUCGGCUCCGCACUGAAACAAGGGGUUUCCGGUGGUCAGCGCAAGAGGGCCAGCGUUGCUGUGGAAUUAGUGACCGAUCCGACUUUGCUUUUCUUAGAUGAGCCGACAAGUGGCUUGGAUGCUGGAAGCGCACUGCGAUUGCUGCAAUUCCUUCACCUAUACGCACGUGCCCGAAACGCAACUGUGGUUUGCACGAUUCAUCAGCCGUCGGUGAGCGUGAUGUCCCAAUUUGAUCGCGUGUUGCUUCUCCAGACCGGCAGAGUGUUGCUACACGGGCCUUUGGGAAUGGGUGCUAUUACAGAUACGGAAGAUGCAGAUGUACCCGAAUACGGUUACGGAGAAAGACAAGGAUCUUCUCUGGGGACAGCACGACUGCAAGCUGCUGCAAUUGAGAAUGUACUGAAACUCGAUGGGGCUGAUCAAAUGAAUUCUGACGAUCAGACUCAGAAGAACACCGACCUCAACAAGGAACGCUACACAGACGCCGAAGAGACGACGGUGGUUCAAACCCUGGCAGCUAUUGGUCGUCCCCUGCCGUUGGGCUAUUCUUUAGCCGAAUGGCUGAUUCAUGUGGCGGAGACUGCUACAGAGGAAGAGAAAGAAAAGAUGGAAGCUGCCACCAGGAAAACCUUUACAGAGGCUUGUCGACGGGAACGGGAGUUUUAUAGCGCGAAGAUUGAUCAGCAGGACGAGAAUGGUAGCAAAGCCCAGUUGAUGGCCAUGAAGAAGGAUCUGCCCCGUCGCUUGAAAGGAGCCAAUUGGUUUCAGCAGUCGUGGUUGCUCACUUGUCGCGAGUUUCGCAAUUUCUAUCGAGACACCGCUUCCUUGAUUCUUCGCUUGCUCUGCUCCACCGCCAUGCCGAUUUUUUAUUGGUUGUUUUGGUACCGUUUCCGCUCCAAGAAUAGCGAAGUUCUUGCAGAUGCUGCUGGUACAAGCACAGGUAAUGGUCCGAACAGUCCUCCGGAUGUCAAAAAGUACACUGAUUUUGUUCAAGGUCGUGUCAGCUUGAUCAUUCUAGUGAACCUGUCCGUUGGAUUCCUGCAUGCUUUGCCUGUGGUUGUGUCGUUUCCGAGCGAACGUGCGGUCUUUCUCAGGGAGUAUAGCAGCCGCAUGUACAACGUUGUCGCAUACGUGUUUUCCAAAUUCCUGAUUGAGCUAAUUCCUUUAAUCUUGAGUACAGCAAUUGUGCUGGGCUUGAUGUGCGCAACGAUUGGCGUCUACGCGGAAUUUGGCGUCCUCUGGCUCACAUCUUCCUGCUUGGGCUUGGCUACGAGUAGUAUCGCUUUGCUCAUCGGCGCAGGCACGGGCCGCGUGGUGGAAGCCAUCAAUUUGCUCGCUUUGAUCGUCACCUUGGAGUUCAUGUCGUCAGGCAGUUUUUUUCCCGUCACAUACGUCCUUUCGUGGGUGGACCCGAUGAAAUAUUUGUUCGGUGUCAAAUUUGCC